CUCGAAGCGGCAAAAACAUACAUUUGUUGAGCUUCGCGAAGAAUUUUUGCUCUCGGAGGAUCGAGAGGACUUGGCGAAGAUGCUGGAGGUGGGACUCGAAGGUGGGGCUAAAGAUGAGGAUGUCAUCAAGGUACACGACGACACAGACUUCGAGGAGGUCACGAAAGAUGUGAUUCAUGGUGGACUGGAAUGUGGCGGGGGCAUUGGUGAGUCCGAAAGGCAUUAUAAGGAACUCAUAGUGCCCGAACCGAGGGCGGAAUGCGGUCUUAUGGGUGUCCUCCUCGCGGAUACGGAUCUGGUGGAAGCCAUUGCGAAGGUCAAUCUUGGUGAAAUAUUUGGCUCCACGAAGUCGAUCAAGGAGCUUGGAGAUCCGAGGUUGUGGGAGGUGAACUCGUCCGAGGAGGUGGUGGAGGUGGUGUCCUCGGAGGCGAUGUUAUGGAAGAAGCGAGGGCGGGGAGGGGCCGAUUUGGGGAUGGUUGAGGUAAUAGUGGAGGUGGAUAAGAGCGGUUUCGAUUGGGAGGGGACGGUUGAUGAUUGUGUGACGGCAGGGGUUGUCGUCUUGGGUGAGGGGGGAGGUGGAGCGACCAUGGUGGAGGUAGUGGUGGAUGAGGGUGGGGGUGUACACGUGGACGGUGUUGGUGUGGAGGUUGAAGCGGAGGCUUGUCCGGAGGGGGGGUGUGGUGGUGGUGACGACUGUGAUGGCGGGGGAGUUUCCCUCGAGCGUGGUGACACAAUCGGAGAUGGCGGCCAUGGUGGUGUUGAUGGUGGCGAGGGAGGAUUUGAGGGCGGUCAACGUUUGGAGGAUAGUUGCGAGUUCCGGGGUGGUGGUCGUUGAAGUUGGCUGAUCUCCUGCGGAUUCACGGGCAAAGAGUCGGAACGAAGAUCAGACAUGGUGGGGGAAGACGGGGUGGAUGACGUGGUCGGAGUGGAAGUGGAGGCGGUAGCAGCGGAUGUGAUAGCAGCAGCGUUGGCGACGUCGGUGGCGGUGCGUUGGGAGGUCUUGAUUUGAUAGCCGCAGCGCUGGCGGCGUCGGCGGCGGCGCGUUGGGAGGUUUUGGUUUGGCGUGGUGGCAUGUGGAGAUGGGGGGGACAAUACCUAUGUACAAGAAUAGAGCAUCGUCAAGUGAUUUAGCAAUGAAGGUAGCAGAGAAUC